AGAUGCGGCAAUGCCAGUAUGGGUGCAGAGAACACAAAGCAGACUCCCAACCUGUAUGAGGCCUUCGAGCCGCACCAUGAACUUCUCGCGGCAGCGCGAGGAGGCGAUUGGGGCCGGCUAGAGCUUCUCCUAAGCAAGAAAGACGACGCGGCGGCACGCGAGGUCGUCAUCCACGUCGACGAACCUGUCGACGUCCAGGUCGAUGCCUCGACGGCGGUAACCCCCGCCGAGGCUGCCACCGCGGCGCGGGACUCCGUCCUCCACGUGGUGGCCUCGAGGGGGGACGGCGACGAGUUCCUGAGGAGCGCCACGGUGAUCCACGGCAAGGCCGGCCACCUCCUCCAAUCCCGGAACAGCAACGGCGACACGCCUCUGCAUUGCGCCACCCGCGCCGGGUGCGGCAAAAUGGUCACUCACCUCGUGGCUCUCGCGAGGAAAGCUGGCAAUGGCGACGGCGGCGACGAUGAGAAGGUGAAGACGAUGCUAAGGAUGCAGAACGAGCAGGGCGAGACGGUGCUGCACGAGGCGGUCCGUCUGGGCAACAAGGACAUGGUCGACCGGCUGAUGUCGGAGGACCCGCAGCUUGCUCGCGUUCAGCCGGCCGAUGGCACCUCGCCCUUGUACCUAGCCGUCUCGCUGGAACACGACGACAUUGCGCGGCAGCUGCAUGAGAAAGACCAAGCGCUGUCCUACUCGGGACCAGACGGCCGGAAUGCCUUACAUGUAGCCGCUCUCAAGGGCAAAGAAACAACAAAUAUGCUAUUGGAAUGGAACAAGGAUCUCAUCAAACAAGCAGACCGAUCUAGUAGAAGCACACCUCUUCACUUCGCGGCAUCAUGGGGGGAGCACGAGGUGAUCAGCCUACUGCUUGCCGCCGAUCAUUCCGCUGCUUAUCAGGCUGACAUCGACGGAUCGUUCCCCAUACACGUGGCGGCGUUUGCGAACAAAGUGAAGGCUGUCUCUGUCUUGCUCAAGGACCGCGAGGACAGCGCCGAGCUACGCGACGCCAACGGCAGAACCUUCCUCCAUGUGGCCGUCCUCGAGGAGAGCCAGUCCGUGGUGACGUAUGCUUCCAAGCUGCAGAGCCGGAAAUUUGCGUCGUCGGUGAUGAACAUGCAGGACAAGGACGGCAACACCGCGCUUCACCUUGCGGUUAAGAUGGGGAACCUUUGGAUCUUCAACCCUCUCAUGAAAAACCGAAAGGUCAUGCUGAAUCUGAGAAAUAACAAUGGCCAAACGCCGCUUGAUCUUUCAUGGACCAUGAUACCCGCAGGGGUGCAUUACGGAUUGAACCCAAGUAUUAUGAUACAUAAGUUACUACAGGAUGCAGGCGCUAAGAACGGCACUUUCAGAUGUGAUCACUUCCACAAGAAACACAUUGCUAAGCUAGACAAAGAAAACGAAGCAAAGAAGAUCACCGAGUCCACGCAGACCAUCGGCAUCGCUUCCGUUCUGAUUGCGACGGUCGCGUUCACGGCAGCCUUUGCCCUGCCCGGCGGCUACCGAGCCGACGACCACAAGAAGGGAGGCACACCGACACUUGCCGGGCACUAUGCCUUCGACGUCUUCAUUAUCGCCAACACGCUGGCCUUCAUCUGCGCCGGCCUAUCCAUCACCAGCCUCAUGUACGCGGGGGUCACCUCCGUGGACAUACGCACCCGCAUGAUCUCCUUCGUAAUCUCGGUGACACUCAUGGCCGGCUCGGCUCGGAGCCUCGGCGCAGCCUUCGUGUUCGGGCUGUACGUGGUGCUUGCUCCGGUUGCGCGCGCGACAGCCAUUGCGUCUUGCGCGAUCACCGCUCUCGGGCUGGUCGAUGCAGUUUGGGUCUUCCUGAUGGUGGGCAAUGUUGAGCUGAUGCUGCUCAAGAGGCUUGGAGUUCGGGCAUGGUGGAGGCUGCCACGGGCGGUUCUCGUCACGUCGAUGUCGCUCUUCUGGCCCUACAUUGUGAUCGCCGGCGUGCUAGCGUUGUCUAAAAUUAAGAAAAUGCAUUGAAUUAUAGUGAAUUCGUGUAUACAUGGUUGUAACGGCAUUUUUUUCUCGAGCGCCUAGUUUUAUAUUUGUAUUGGUGACGAUGAAAGUGAAAACAACUCUCCCUGAAACCAAAA